AUGGCCCCAUUGCGCGAGUCGUAUUCUGCAGCGCUGAGCUUCUGGAAGAGCCUCGGCGGGGAGAAGUCGAGCGCAUCACGGCGCGUACAGCCGCUGAGCGACAGCACCAACAACGGCCAUCGCACUGACGCCGCCGCGGGAUGCAAGCACGACGCCACUGCCUCAGAAACUGGUGCGUGGGAAUGCGCAGCGUGGGAGUCAGGCGCGUCGGAAUGCGCAUCCUCGGAAACUGGUGCGUCGGACCCUGCAGCGUGCGACUGCGCCGCUUCGGGUGCGCCGGAAACUGCUGCGCUGGACUCCGCCGCGCCGGAAUGUGCAGCCCCGCAAUCAGCCGCGGCGGAAUCGGCUGGGCCGCAAUCAGCCGCGGCGGAAUCGGCUGCGCCGCUAUCAGCCGCGGCGGAAUCGGCUGCGCCGCAAUCAGCCGCGGCGGAAUCAGCCGCGGCGGAAUCAGCUGCGGCGGAAUCAGCCGCGGCGGAAUCGGCUGCGGCGGAAUCAACCGCGACGGAAUCAGCGUCGGUGGCAUUGGUGGUGGCGUUGUCACGCCCGUCAGCUGGUCGCAGCAUGGCGGCAGCAGCAACGCAAUCAACGAUGUCGCUCCCCCCGUCGCACAUCCCGAAGCCGAGCAACACGGGAGCAGCGAUUCGGCGCGUGGAGGGACCCACGCUGAUCCCGAGGCCUCGAUGUGCCGCAGCGCCCAGGCCGGUUGAGAGUUGGUGUUUGCCAUGUGGUGUUGAUGGUGGUGGCAUGGUGGGUGAUGCAGCGCAUGGUGAGUGGGGAUGCAGUGCUCCUGCUGCUGCUGUCCCCCCUGCUGCAGCAGCAACUCCCAGCCCCAAGUGGGUCAGGCAAGCCGUUGAGGUGGAGGGUGAGGUGGGCGAGUGGAUGGCGCAGCGCGGGGAGGGGUGUGGCGAGGAGCAAAAGGGGGGGGGGGAGAGGGCAGCAGGCGGGGAGGAGGGGCGGAUGAGCAGCGCGUGUGGAGGCAGGGCGAGUGGAGAGCCCCCGCAUGGUGAGAGGGGAUGCAGUGCUCCUGCUGCUGCUGUCCCCCCUGCUGCAGCAGCAACUCCCAGCCCCAAGUGGGUCAGGCAAGCCGUUGAGGUGGAGGGUGAGGUGGGCGAGUGGAUGGCGCAGCGCGGGGAGGGGUGUGGCGAGGAGCAAAAGGGGGGGGAGGAGAGGGCAGCAGGCGGGGAGGAGGGGCGGAUGAGCAGCGCGUGUGGAGGCAGGGCGAGUGGAGAGCCCCCACCCAGCGCCGUCAUCCCACGCUUGGUGCGGGAAGGGGGGGUUUUGGUGACAAGGCUGACGCCCUCAUCGCACUCGCGCCCUCAUCCCACGCUUGCUGCGCCCUCAUCCCACGCUUGCUGCGCCCUCAUCCCACGCUUGCUGCGCCCUCAUCCCACGCUUGCUGCGCCCUCAUCCCACGCUUGCUGCGCCCUCAUCCCACGCUUGCUGCGCCCUCAUCCCACGCUUGCUGCGCCCUCAUCCCACGCUUGCUGCGCCCUCAUCCCACGCUUUCUGCGCCCUCAUCCCACGCUUGCUGCGCCCUCAUCCCACGCUUGCUGCGCCCUCAUCCCACGCUUGCUGCGCCCUCAUCCCACGCUUGCUGCGCCCUCAUCCCACGCUUGCUGCGCCCUCAUCCCACGCUUGCUGCGCCCUCAUCCCACGCUUGCUGCGCCCUCAUCCCACGCUUGCUGCGCCCUCAUCCCACGCUUGCUGCGCCCUCAUCGCACGCUUGCUGCGCCCUCAUCCCACGCUUGCUGCGCCCUCAUCCCACGCUUGGCGCCCUCAUCGCACUCUCGCUGCUGCCACGGACUCACUCACCACUCGCGCACUCACUUUGCCAACCCGCCUUUCACGGACGCUCUUGCCGCCACUGCCCACUUGGCCAACGCCACUGCCGCCGCGCGCGACCGACUCAUGGCGGGCCCACGGCCAGCGAUCUCCACGCGCUUCGCUUUUCGCGCUUCGGCUCGUAGCGUCGAUGGAGCCACAAAGCCCGAGGUGUUUGCAUCCAGCGGGCUGGACGACACGGUGUGCUUUUGGGACGUGCGUGCUGCCUCGCGCACCGCACCCGCGCUGCGAGUCAAGGCGCAUGACGCCGAUGUUAAUGUCAUCUCCUGGAACAGUGCUCUACGCUGCCUAAUCUCCGAUCUUCAUUCCCCUCCUCUGCGCUGCGAGUCAAGGCGCAUGACGCCGAUAUUAAUCUCAAUUCCUGGAACAGGCGUCUCAAAACUCGCUCCUGUCAUUGUUGACUCCUUCCCACCCACUCCCUUUAACAUCCUUGCAUGCACAUUCUGCACUUCCCGCCUCCAUCCCUUCCUCUUCCUGGCCUCCUACUCCAUGCUGCCCUCCUCCCCCGCUCCGCGCCCCCCUCCUCUAUCCCCUUUUCUCAGAGUCGCGAGCUGCAUGGUGGCAUCGGGGUGUGACGACGGGUCCUUCCGCAUAUGGGACCUGCGCCCCUCUCACCGCCCUUGCUCGCGCAUUCUGCUCCCCUCCUCUCUGUCUCCCCCUGUGCCCCCUCUCUCCCCACGUCCCAGACUGGCAAGCUGCAUGGUGGCAUCGGGGUGUGAUGACGGCUCCUUCCGCAUCUGGGAUCUGCGCUUGCUGCGGGAGGCGGGGACGGGCAAGGAGGGCGGCGCCUUCAUAGCGCACUUCAACCACCACCGCCAGCCCAUCACGUCCAUUGAGUAG